AUGCCUUAUACAAUUAUAUCGCUACAGUUCCACACCUUCUCUGAAGUCACACGCUUAAAGGGGCUAUCUCUAUCAGUUAAUUCUCUAGCGGCAAUUGGCGACGUUGUCAUCGCGGGGUCUCUGUGCACGAUCCUGUAUCGCUCUCGCACUGGUUUCCAUCGAUCGGAUACGAUCAUUACAAAACUCAUAAUCUUCUCCGUGAAUACGGGUCUUCUCACAAGUGUUUGUGCAUUAGGAUCCCUGGUUUCUAUUCUUGCCUGGCCGACAACGUUCAUCUACAUCGCAUUUUACUUCUGCAUAGGACGUCUCUACACAAACUCUCUCCUGGCCACGCUUAAUGCGCGGAAGAAGCUUCGUGAGCUGUCUGAUGGGAUUCAAAACACUAGUGCAAUGGAAAACGUCAGUGUAUCCCUUCAAUCAUUGGGAAGAGGCCAUGCCAGUGAUUUUUCGUCUAGCCAGCAACGGCAGAACAUCUCAAUCAAGAUCGACACGAAGAAAGAGUUCGCAACGGAUUCCGGGGAUGAUAUUGAGAAGCUUUCGGUAGUGAAUAUGGUGUGUCGGAUGUCUCUGCAUGCGUGA